CUCACCGGGUAAAUCCGAAAAAGGAGAAUUGAAACUCUAUCUUAACCGGAUUGGAAACCAAAAAGAUAUAUCUAUGUAACUAUAAAAACUUGAAUUCAAGAUAAAUAAAAAAUUCCCCCUAAUAACUCCAUCAUGGUUUGUUUGUACAAUCGAAGGCAUUUCUGGUAACUUGAGUAACAAUCCAUUUUUCUUCUUCUUCAAUCUUCACAGUUCUUCCCCAAAUUUUAAUUUUACAAAACAAACUUGCAGAAUCUUCUUCCCCAGAUUCAUUUUCUUCGAGUGUUUAUACGGGUUUCAAGGUGGAGUGUUGAACACUAAUGUCAUUGUUCUGAAUUCUGUAUCGCCGCUAAGCUGAAAUGGAAGCCAUGUCCACGAAAAAGAAAUUAAUUACGAGAGAUGAUUGGGAGAAGAGGCUAAAUGAUGUAAAGAUUAGAAAAGAAGAUACAGAUAGAUUGGUAAUGAAUUUUCUAGUCACAGAGGGUUAUGCAGAAGCUGCAGAGAAGUUCAAAAUGGAAUCAGGGACGGAACCUGAGAUAGAUCUUGCUACCAUCAAGGACCGGAUGGCUGUAAAUAAGGCUGUGCAGUCUGGUAAUGUGGAGGAUGCAAUCGAGAUGGUUAACGAUUUGAAUCCCGAGAUAUUAGAUACGAAUCCCCAGCUCUUUUUCCAUCUCCAACAGCAAAGGCUGAUAGAAUUGAUAAGGAAUGGAAAGGUUGAAGAAGCUUUGGAGUUUGCUCAAGAGGAACUAGCUCCAAUGGGAGAAGAAAAUCAAAGCUUCUUAGAAGAUUUGGAGAAGACUGUUGCAUUGCUAGCUUUCGAAGAUGUAUCUAAAUGCCCAGCUGGAGCGCUUCUAGAUGUAUCCCAGCGCUUAAAGACCGCAAGCGAAGUAAAUGCGGCAAUUCUCACCAGCCAAAAUCAUGAAAAGGAUCCGAAGCUUCCAAGCCUAUUGAAGAUGUUGAUAUGGGUACAGGACCAGCUUGAUGAAAAAGUUUAUUACCCUCGCAUAACCAAUCUGUCGACUGCAGCACUUGAAAAUCCUGCUGUCUAAAAUACGAUGCAAGUUCCCUGAAUAUAUAGCUAAGGCAAGAAGACCUUGUACUCUUUUAACCACUCGUUGCUGGUUGAUUCAUUUUCAUUGAUCUAUGGUUUCUUAGGCAUACGUUAGUUUUGACAGCAGGAUGUGCAGUUAACUACUCGAUGUAAACAAACCUAGUUAUACCUUCCUAUCUUAAUCACGAAUCACUGAAUC